AUGGAGCGAAACUCAGUGUCGGUUGCAUUAGAAAACCAGGUUCUUGUGGCCAUUAUUCCUCAAGCUCAGGCGCAAUACUUUGAUUUUGAAACCAAAGAAUGGAAACCUCUACCAUCCAUGGCUCAGUUGACUGAUGCAACCACGUGUUUCUGUGCAGAGUAUGCUGGUAAUCACCUGUAUGUAGCGGCAAAAAAGGAGGAAUAUUUUGUUAUGUAUCGUUAUGAUACCGUUAGUAAUACCUGGGAGACACUAUCACCUAUUUUGGGCUGUGAGCAUAAGAUCGAUUCGUUAUGUACUAUUGAUGAUUAUAUAUACGCAAUCAGAGAAUCACAGCCACCUCAUAGGUGUAGUUUAAAAACAAAUCAGUUACAAUGCAUAAGAUCAUUUUCUACCAGUGGAGCACGUUUGAACACAUUUUGUAGCAAAGCGUCCGUAGUUUUCAACUCGUGUUUGUUUGUACUUCAGGGUCUUGAUACAGUGGUGAGAUAUAACAGAGAUUUGUGUAAAAUAUAUGAUGAGAAACCUGCCAUGGUACAAUGCUUUGAUCCAGAACUAAAUGAAUGGAAGUCUAAGGCAUCAACUAAUAGUUCUCAUUUUGGAUCUAGCCUCUUUGUAGUGAACGGUAGACUAUGUAUUGCAGGGGGCACAGGUUUUUCCGGCGCCCCAGUUGAAAUAUAUGAUGAGCAAAACAAAAAGUGGUCUUAUGUCGAACAAAGUCGUAUUCCUCAAAACAAUCUCGGUGCGGUGGAAAUAGAAGGGAGGGUAUAUUUCAUCAUCAAUAAUUUCCCAGUUGACAGUGGAAUUAGAAUUCCAUCAGGAGAAAAGUAUCCUGUGCCUUUGGAUGAAUGGGAGAAUCUUAGAAAGGUUAAUAGUAACGCGGUUUUGUGCUACCUUCCAGUGAGGAACGAGAGUUUAAAAGCAGAGUAAUAGUUGUAAUUUGAAUCCAAUUUGCUGUUUUUUUAACUCUGUCAGCUGGAGAAUACAUACAACUCAAAGUUAGUCUAAUUAAUGCCGGGGUCGUGUCCUAAAAAGCUGAAUGCUUUUUGGUUUUCAUGGAUGUCGGUAGAACUGAUUCGUUCCGUUUAAAAACUAGACGCAAGUUACGAAUCGUGCUUUGUUACUUCCCAGUAAUAGUUCUGGGGCUUUGUUAACACGGAUUUUUAAUAAUCAUGCACUUUCUCGGUUUUUAGUGCAUUAUUAUUUUAACAAAGUAGCCGAGCUUUGCCGUUUGUUAUGGGUAAUUCAAGACGCAUGCAUCAAAAACAUGCUAGUUUAUUCCUUUCCUGCUUGGUCAGCAUUUUUUUUCCUACCCAACGGGCGAGUUCUGAGACAACAGUUUGUGCCAUUGUAACUUACCGGAGAAUUACGGUUAUGGGACUCCUAUCUGUUUAAAUUACUAUUUUGCUCACUGGGUAUUCUUAUCCGCCUCCCAGUUGGCUCAAUAGAUAGAGCGCUGGACUGUAGUGCGGGAGGCCAAGGGUUCGAGCCCCGGCCUACGCUCAAGGUCUUAAA